AUGGAUGACGCUGAGCCGAUUGGCGCUUCGCAAAUCAUUCCCAACCUGCCCCUGUGGAGAAUACAGUCAGCAGCGCUUCCUGGUGCACAGGCAGUGCUGCAUGUGCAUGUCCCUCACUACACCCACAUGUUCAAACAGCUUCUCGCUGGGCCAAGGCCAUGGCGAUUCGGGCACAUCUACCUGCCCGGUGGCUCAACAAAUCUGGGCAGCCCAGAGUACGUGCUGGCACCGGGAAGCAAAGCUCCUCUCACGGGCUCGCUCAUGGAAAUACUGAGCUUCCUCUGGAUGAAGGAUGGCCGACUGCUGGUGCUCGCAGUGGGCGUUUGCAGAAUCAGGGUAGUAAAGGCACAACAGGCUGUGCCGUACUCGCGAGCUGAUGUGGAGGUGUGGCCUGAUGAGGAAGAGGUCGCCGGCCAGAGGACUGCUGCCAUGCACGCCGUGGACGCAUGCAUGAGCAGUGGAGACAUAGACAUGUCUGCUGCCAUGCAGACUGUGGAUGCUGCGGCCAUGGCUGCUGCCAUUGGCUGGUCUCAGGUAUGGCAUGAGUAUGAGCUGUCGCCGGUGCGAGCCCUGGUGGUGGACGAGGAUCUGAGCAAUGCAGAGCCAGGGGAGGGAACGCGCAGCAAGGAGGGCAUGUUUGCGCCGCCCAAGCUACUCUGGCGCAGCGUGCUCGCCUCCCUGCAGGGCCUCACUGUGGAGAAGGGUCACAAUGCGCACCGGGAGGUCAACAACCUGUUGAGGGAUUAUGCAGACAGAGCGGCAGAAGUUGCUUCUUUGGCUGCGGAGCUCCUGGCCCACAGAAAAUUUGGAGGACAGACUGGCAAUGCUGGGGAUGUCCCCUUGCUGAGCGACGCGCCCAGGAGAAUGAACACCACCAGUGAGAGAGGCCUACGCUCAAGAGGCGUGUCGGAGCCAACAAAGGCUGCGGUUGAGGCGGCGCAGAGGUCUCAUGCAGCCACAGCGGCAAAGCCAUCACCAGAACUAGAGGAUGUAUUGGUGCUGGAGCGUCUGAUCUGGCAGACUUUGGACAGCAUUGUAGUGUUGGCAGCCAGGGCCAAGAGGGUGGUCAGAGAGGAAAGCUUUGAUCAUGCAGAGGGCCGCCAGGCAGUACUGGAGGCGCGGACAACAUCUGCUCGCCUGAAGCUUAUUUUGGAAGUACUGCUUGAACAGCGCAACAGGCUGCAGGCGCUUGCAGCACUGCGUGUGGCAGGAGAGGGCUCUUGA